AUGCUCUUGGGCCCUGCGCUGGUAGGUGCCUUGGUUGGGCUGACGAUGAUUAGCUUUACAGUGAUUUUCCUCAACAUGACAUCCAGCCCACAUCUAGCAGACUUGUACACCAGCGGCAUCACUUGGCCGCCCUUUGGUCCAAAAGCCAGAAAGUACUGGGCUGGGACUCAUGUCUCAGAACGAGUCUUUGGGCUCACUGCAGUAGCAGAACCACUUGAGACAACCCGCGUCAGUGUACAAGCUAUUGGCAAGCCUAUGUUGAAUAGCACUUCUGCUGUCAUAGUGGAGACUCUCAGCCUCGCUGAGCCCGUGUACCCACAGGAAGUCGCCAUCACAGUAGAGGACACUGCUGCCACAGCCUCUUACAUGCUUCAGGUUUUCAAGUGGGGCAUUUUCCCUGAGUCCAUUACCAUCUCUGGAGACACCGCCUUCGGCAAGCGGUUCUCCCAGUGCAUUCCUUGGGGAUACCUCUAUUGGAACCAUACCGUCCACCUGCCCAAAGGGCUCUUGAUACUUGAAAUACGAGUUACUUACAGCCACUUUGAAAUGUCUUUCCCUUGGAAGAAGCGAUCCAACAAUUCAUUUGCCACUUACUUCGAUCCAGCGCUUCCUCGCGAAAAAUGCACCAUGUGGGCGAUUCCUUCUUGA